AUGGCAUCUUCCUCAAGCGCCUCAGCCGAGCUUUCUGCGGAUGGCUCAGCCCCCAUGCCAUCUGCCACAACAAAUCUCGCAAUUCAAGAUCUGAAGCAAUCUUUGUUCGAUGCUAUCACAACAGCCAGCGAUAGCCGAUCAAGGGCUGUUGAAAAUCAAUUCGUAACAAUGGAGCAGCUGAAAGAGCUCAUUCAGACAACUCUCGAUAAGCUGAUAGAGGCAAAAGCCGAGUCAACCGCCGAAGACGAGGAGGAGGAUAAAGAGACUGAAGAUGACAAGAAGAAAUCUUCGGAUGCGGCAUCUUCAACGAGCGAGAUAAAAAUUGUCAAUGAAAUUUGGGAUAGAGAUACUUGGGAUUUCGUCCUUGUGGAUGGGUCAAGUACCGUCAAGACUGACGAAUUGCCUCCUUUCGGGUUUCAGGUCCGAAAGCGUGUCGAUCGUGAGAAUGUGGUUACUACUUUUAUCGACCUGAAGUCCCCGGACUUACGAGAUAUCCUGAGAGACGUAUUCAAAGACAUAAGAAGCGUCGAUCUUGCCAGUCAAACCCCAACAAUCAAAGCAGACGUGUUGUAUCAUUUCCUACCAGAAUUGAAGGAACUUUCCCAGACUGGGCAAUCCGAUGAAGACAAAAAAGAAUAUUUCCAAAACCUAGGUAAAAUCUGUCAGUACCUUGAGGAAGCCUACAGGGUCACUACGGACCGUGUAGAGUCUCUUAUCCGUGGUGGAUAUAUUUCCUAUGACCUCCUCUGGGCAUUGUUCAAACCGGAAUCUCUUUCAUACUGCUCAUGCCCCGCGACAGAUCUGCCCAGAUGCAUCAAAUACAUCGAAGGGUACACUCAAAAGCCAAAUUAUCAAGAAGAUAAAGAGUUCUUCAAGAUUCGCGCUUGUUUUCUCAAUGUGGACGGCGGAUCAGUCAGAGAAACUCUCAAAACUUAUGAAAUUGAGAAAUUCAACGGGCGCAAACGGAUAGAAGAUUUGCCUAUCUACCCUCUACAAUAUUAUCCGGAUCAGGGAAUAAAGGAGUUUCUAAUCUCCCGAGGUCGCAAAUUUGUCUCGCUUGCGAGCAAUCGUUGUCAUCGCCGCUACAGCGGGAAUAUCUUUUUUGAGCCGGAGGAUCCGAAUGAGAUUAAGCUCGCCAGGAAGUUCGUUGAUGGUAGAAUCAUGGUGGACUCUGUAGCUUUCCGGAAGAUGGUUCCGAGAUACAGAAGGCUACGUUCUGAAACCCCAGCGUCUUAUAGUAUGUUCUGGUCUUCGGGAGGCACACCUGCCAAAGUUGCUGGGAGGAAUUGUUUGGAUCCAGAAGACUUGCAAGACGAUGACUUUCUCAUUUGUAGCCCGACAGUGCUUGGUUUCGCUCUCGAUGACAAAAAAUGGGGGGAACUUUCUGUCUCGGAGGUGGAGGAGAUACAAUUCUCUGCCUCAUCAUUUGGCAAAGUCCUGAUCCCCGAAAAGCAAAAGGAUGUCAUAUUGUCAUUGACGGCAAGUCACCUUGUCUCUACGAGCGACAAAGAAUUUGGUGAUAUUAUAGAUGGAAAAGGCCGUGGAAUCAUCAUCUUAUUACAUGGUCCUCCAGGAGUCGGCAAAACAGUCACAGCAGAAGCACUAGCUGAUCAUCUUCGAAAGCCCUUAUACUCGGUUUCUGCAGGAAAUAUGGGAGAAAAGGCCGAUGAAUUUGAGGCCGAACUUACUCGCAUGUUUCGGAUUGCGAGUGACUGGGAGUCCAUUCUCUUGAUCGAUGAGGCAGAUACAUUUCUGCAACGGCGCGACCAGAAUAUCCAGCACAAUCGUAUCGUGGCGACAUUCCUCCGCACCCUCGAGUACUUUGACGGCAUCUUAUUUCUCACCACCAAUUUCGUGAAUAACUUUGAUAAAGCUAUUCUUGACCGUGUACAUCUCAAAGUGCGCUAUGAGGGCUUAGAUCAGUCGAAAAGAAAGAACAUAUUUAUUCAUUUUCUUCAGUCAAUCAAUGCUGAUGUCAAGGAUGCUGAUCUGGAUCGCUUCUGUGAAGUACGGUUGAAUGGCCGACAGAUACGAAACAUAGUUCGAGUUGCGCAUAGUCUUGCAUCACACCAGCGUCUCAAGACAUCUGCCGCCCAUAUUCAAUUAGCACUAGAAAGCAAUGGACACUACGUACGGGCAUAG